AGGGCCUUUAACUCACUCCUUGCUCAUGACCUGACAACGUCUUAUGUACUACAACAUUUGAAUCCUUUUAUCUCCCCGCCUUCUCUUUCAGGCAAACCAACUUGGCACGCACUGCACCAUAAGUACCCAUUGGAGGGAAAUUGGCUCAUCCGCUGAACACUUCCUUGGUACGAGGCGCACUACGCCAAAGACCGGUCUAGAUCGACGCAAUUCGAGCCCUACAAGCUGAAGCCAUCAUAUAUUCACCAUAUCGCGACAUCCUUUCACUCUGCACUCUCAUCUGUUAAGCAAAGUGCGUCAUGAGGUCCAGCAUGUUGCUGGAGUUGAGCGUUCUCGUUGCAGCUCUCGAGGUGGGUUCUGCUUUCGCAGCGCCGGCAGUUGAGCAUCAUGAGCAACACCUCGAGGACAUCCGGUGUCGAUGCUUGACCUUUAGCGCAAACGAACGGCCAAAGCCGUGUAACACUCUCGAGUCGAGAGACCUUGACUGGAUGUCUGCACAGAAUCUCGCGUCACAGCUCGAAAUCCCAGUACGAUUCGCAAGUAAAACCACCAUCUCAAAGGUACUUGCUAUCUCAAUUCCGCUCCCGACCGAUAUAUUGCAGACAACGGGCGCUGGUGAUGCUCAGUCAUCAUCGAGCGAGGCGGAGAUUAGCCAGAACAAGAUGGUCUGCGGCUUUGGCCAAGAAGUCAGACGAAUGAGCUCUCACUCUCACGAUCGUGAGCCAGAGGAUCACUUCGUGGCACAAGUGGUUGCUUGGUUCAUGCUUUUCAUUGGCCUUUACCUUGCGGGAGAAUAUCUAUGGACAAGAUAUUCAUCUUCAAACCGAGUCAUCAAAUUGAAAGGGGAAGAGAAACCGCUCAAGGCCAAAUCCCCCAAAACAGCAUCUUCAAACCUGGCAGCAUCGAACUUCACGUGAAGAUCUCGGGAGACGACAGCACAUACUCAAGCAAAUCUCUCUGGCUUCGGUCUUGCCCUUACUGACGUACUGGAAGUCGCUCAGAGUAGCGCACAGCAAGGUCCAGACAAGAUUAAAUAGUCUCCUCGUGGUAUAAUGGUCUAGAUCCAAAGUCGACUCAAUGCACCUUCUACGAAAAGCGGUCCCCUGUCAUCACGUCAUGCGCAUCCGGGCAUGUGUACCCUCGCGUGGGUCUCUGAGAAAGGAGAGCUAGGAAUGCAACCUGCAUCGCAUGGUCAUACGGAGCAC